AUGGCGUCAUCCGACUCCUCGGUCGAUCUAGCGACCAUUGACGCCCUCGAGCUGCUCGGCGACAACUCGGCCGCCAACUGGCACUCCUAUGCUCACUCCGUCGAGGUGUUGCUCUCCUCGGUCAUCGUUAGUGGUUAUACACUCCGUUCCGUCGUGUUCCAGGAGGAAGGCGGACUCCAGCCCAUCGCCCCUUCUGCCCCCACCGGACCUCCUCCUGAUGAGCCCGGACCUGAGCCCGAGCCCCCUGGUGAUCCUCCCUCCUUCGCACCGGAUGUCAACAAUCCUCAAAGCGUAGAAACUGCCAUCCGUGCCUACCGCAACACACUCAACGACCACCUUCGCCGUCAACUGCGCUAUGAGGACGACAAGCGCGCCUACGACAAGGCUGCUGCCCGUCACCGCGACUACCUCGCCCAACUCACCACGUACACUGCAUGCCUCACUAACUACACCUCCGACAUCGCUGCGUGGCGCAUGGCUGACCGUCGAGCUCUCGCCAUCCUCCUCGCCACUAUCCCCUCCUCCCUCAAGCGAGAACUCUCACCCACCUCCUCCUCCCACCUGUGGCAACUGCUUGUCGACCUCUUUGACCGGCAGGACAUCGCCACCCUCUAUGCCCUCAUCAAGGAAUUUGGAUCCAUCACCAUGGAUUCCACUGCCGGCGCAGCCGCCUUUACUCGCCGCGUCCUUGACCUUGCUCGCCGCCUUGCAGCACUUGGUACAUCCUUCGCCACUCCUCCUCCACUACCGCGGUAG